AAAUAUUUCUUUUGCUGACUUUGACAGGUGCGACAAGUUUGUAAUAAUUUUGAAUUUCGGAAAAAUCCAUUUAAAUCCACAGAUUAAUUGCAGUUAUUAUAUAUUUGUUUAGGAGAAUAAGUCGUCCAUUUCAUAUUUGAUAUAGUAGUUUAUAUAUUUGCACUCCAGUGUCUUAUUUGGUGUUUUUUAUUGCAGUGCAGCUCACUCGAGGAAGAUCUUCAACAUGCCGCGGGAAAUCAAGGACAUCAAGGACUUCCUCCUGAAGGCGAGAAGGAAAGACGCUAAAUCGGUGAAGAUCAAGAAGAACCCGGAGAAUGUGAAGUUCAAGGUGCGCUGCUCGCGCUUCCUCUACACACUCGUCAUCACAGACAAGGAGAAGGCUGAGAAGCUCAAACAGAGUUUGCCGCCAGGGCUGCAGGUGAAGGAGGUGAAGUGAAGUCGUCGCGUAGGUUAACUUAAUAAAUACAUUCAAAACCUU